GUAUGGUUUAUGUCUUCACUUAUGAAAUAGUGUAUUAAUGCAUUAAUAAGGACGUUGGUUCAAAAAUGUUACGAUUUAGAGCAAUAAUUUAUGUAUAUAACUAAGUUGAAUUCGGUGUUGCGAUACCAAAUUCCUUUGAUCCAACGAAAAGGCGCCAUUUCCACCUUAUUUGCGGCAAGCUCAACGGAGUAAUCAUCAUGGCACAAGAUCCUGAUAUGCCUACUUUCAAGUGUGUGCUGGUUGGAGAUGGAGGCACAGGGAAAACUACUUUCGUAAAACGUCAUCUAACUGGAGAAUUUGAGAAGAAAUAUGUUGCCACGUUAGGUGUAGAGGUUCAUCCUCUUGUAUUCCACACCAACAGAGGACCGAUACGUUUCAAUGUGUGGGACACUGCAGGACAGGAGAAAUUUGGUGGUCUACGAGAUGGCUAUUAUAUACAGGGACAAUGCGCCAUUAUAAUGUUUGACGUUACAUCUCGAGUCACUUACAAGAAUGUUCCAAACUGGCAUCGUGAUCUUGUUCGAGUAUGUGAAAACAUCCCCAUUGUUCUGUGUGGGAACAAAGUAGACAUCAAGGACAGAAAAGUGAAAGCAAAAAGCAUCGUGUUUCACAGAAAGAAGAAUUUGCAGUAUUACGACAUCAGCGCGAAGAGCAACUACAACUUCGAGAAACCUUUCCUUUGGUUGGCAAGGAAACUGAUUGGCGAUCCAAAUCUUGAAUUUGUGGCAAUGCCUGCGCUGGUGCCACCAGAGGUGACGAUGGACCCCAACUGGCAGCUACAGAUCGAGAAGGACCUAAAGGAAGCUCAAGAGACGGCCCUUCCGGAGGAUGAUGAAGAUCUGUAAAUAUUUUAAUGUUUGUGUUCAUUUAAGUGCAAAUUUCAAGUCAACUGCAAAAUCACAUUUGCCUUGUAUAUUUACAUCAUGCUGAAAUUGUUAAAUAUAUUGCAUUGAAAAUCAGAUUGAGGACAAAUUUCAAAUGUUUGAUUAUUUGAGUUGUGUGCUAUUUCUUGAUGCCUGUUGUGAGCUGUAUGGAUGGAGUGCAUAUUAGAGGACUGUUUACUAUUUUUAUAGACCAGAGGAGUGAAUAUUGAUGCAUUUGGGUGUUUGUUUUGAGGUAUAUUUAACGAAGUGUAGUUUGCAACAGUUUCUCAGCAUGUUCUGUAACAUACUAUAAAAGUUACACUAUCAUAUUUUACUCUGGUGUAUUUUGUUUUCCAUCGAGCUUUAUUUUAAAAGCCUUGGUUUGAAGGCAGUCAUCAGGUUAAUUUCUAAAGAAAAACUUUGUGGUAUACGUUUUUUCUGUAGAAAUUGGUUUUGUCUUGAAAACUGAUUAAUGUAUAAAAUGGAAUAAAAUAAACUUUGUACUGGCCUGCAAAGUA